AUGUAUGAUUUGGUGGAACAGGAUGAUUUAAUACCACACUUACUCUUCACCAACGCUCUUUUGGCAGGGAUGGCUUCCACUUGCGCUAUCCUACUUUUGACGUCAUCAAUGAUGAACUGUAUUCUCAUAAUCUGGGCUACAUUUAGCAUCAAUUAUGGCGUCUUUGCAUUGCUCAGUGUUUGUGGAACUCAUUUGGAUAUCAUAUCUAUCAUUGUUAUACUUUUAAGUAUCGGCUAUUCAGUCGAUUACUCUUCUCAUAUGCUGGCACAUUUCUAUCAUUUCAAACACCAUUCAAAAGAUCCAAUCGGAGAUACGUUAAGUAUCGUUUGUUGGCCAGUUGUUCAAGCAUCGUUGGCCAGUUGUUCAAGCAUCGCUUUCUACGAUAAUUGGUGUGAUAUGUAUAUCGCCUGUUAA